GUGCUCUGCACUCUUGGAAGCUGAGACUGCCUAACAGUUUGGAAUCUCUGUUCCAUCAACAGCAGGCACGGCAGCAGCAAUGUACUCGCCGAGGGAUUUACUGGGUUUCGUUGUGGGAGCAGCGAUCACGGCCGCCUUUGUCGUGUUGUUGGUGCCGUCGUCUGCUCCCAACUGCCCGUGCAGCCCCGAGCUGGCGUUGGACAACAAUGGAAGCCAAGCACAUCUCAUGAGCACAAAAAACCUCAGCACGGUUCCGGCCGUGAAGAGUAAAGAAGAAGACAGCCUUGCGGAGCUUCUGAGAAGCGCGGCCAUGGAGGACAAGACCGUCAUACUGACCUUCGUCAACGAGGCGCUGACGCUGCCCGGGUCGCUCCUGGAGCUCUUCCUGGAGAGCUUCCGGCUGGGCGUGCGGACGCAGCCCCUGCUGAAGCACCUGGUGAUCGUGGCCAUGGAUGCCAAGGCAUUGGAGCGGUGCCAGCACAUGCACCCGCUCUGCUACCCGCUCGGCGGCGGCCACAGCAGCGACGAAGGCGCGCCUGGAGGGACGACGGCGGGGGAGGUGACGUUCAUGAGCAAGGACUACGUGGAGCUGAUGUGGGCGCGGAACCGGUUCCAGGCGCGGGUGCUGGGGCUGGGCUUCGGCUUCGUGUUCACGGACGUGGACAUCGUGUGGUUCCGGAACCCGCUGCUGCGGUUCCCCGUCGCCGCCGACAUCGCCUUGGCGUGCGACCAGUUCUUGGGCAACAAUCCCUAUGACCUCGACAAGGCGGCCAACGGCGGGUUCGUGUACGCGAGGCCCAACGCGCGGACGCUGGCCUUCUUCCAGGACUGGUACGAGGCGAGAAACCGGUUCCCCGGGGAGCACGACCAGUUCGUGUUCGGCGAGGUGAAGAAGGAGCUGUCGGCACGGCAUGGGGUGACACUGAUUCUGAUCGACACCGUCUACUUCAGCGGCGUGUGCGAGAACAAGAAGAACUUUUACGAGGUGUGCACGUACCACGCCAACUGCCUCAUCGGUCUGCAGAAGAAGAUCGACACGCUUGCCGGCGUGCUCGACGAGUGGAAGCAAUUCAGGGCCCAGCAGGAGCUGCUUGGCAACAGCACCACCACGCUCAUCUACUGAGUCGCUGUCCGUGGACUGUGGCUUGUGUUUGUUCGAGAUUUUAGCUAGACAAGUUUUUAUUUUGGAUAACAGGAGUAAUCAGUUGUUCUACUGGACGAAAUUGGUCGGACUUGUGCAACGGAUCGAUGAAAAGGAUUGAGUUGUUUUGGUACUGUUAGUAAGACUGCUUUCAUUGGUGAUAAGGUGAACCAUGCAGCAUUACCACCUUGAAUUUUAACUGCAUUCUUGGUCAUUC